GGUCGACUAAUCGAGCGCGGAGUCAUCGCGGAGUCAGUUGUGUGCUCGCCCACUCUUCACUGUCCAAUUUUUCCUUUCCCAUCCCUGACUUUGCAUGCUCGGUUCGUGUUGUAGCUAUCCGCAGAUCGCCGCUUUGUGCGUAACAUUACGUCAUUUUACACAUUUUGUCCCUGCACGCCCCUGUCACGAACUCUUUUGAAAAAAAAUCGUGUUUAAAAGUCACCUUGUUUUUUUUUUUGACAGCUACUUCAGGUUAGCCGAGUGGCUACUCGUAUAGCCAGAAAGCCUCAGCCGAUAAAGCCUGUCAGAUGUUGGACGACACAAAGCUCAUCGAACGUUUUUUUAAAACGUCCAGUUGACUGUCUGCAGUGAAAGUGUUUACGUUUCCAAGUAGAGGGGGUCCAUUUUUUUGGAGGUUCUGGCUCUGGGGGAAGUAUCCGGGGGGGCGAGCGAAGGAGGCAGACCCGCCAGAAAAGCACCAUAACCGGGAGCUGGGACGAGGGUAACAUCCUGAUGCUAGUGAUGGCAAACGAGCCGGUCAUCCUCAACGUCUACGAUAUGUAUUGGAUCAAUGAGUUCACCAGCUCCCUCGGCAUCGGUGUCUUCCAUUCAGGGAUCGAGAUCUACGGCCGAGAAUUUGCCUACGGGGGACAUCCUUACCCCUUCUCAGGGAUCUUUGAGAUUACGCCGGGUGACGCAACAGAGCUGGGCGACACCUUUAAAUUCAAAGAAGCCAUCGUUUUGGGCAGCACCGACUUCACAGAGGACGACGUGGAGCGGAUCAUCGAGGAAAUGGGGAAGGAGUACAAAGGCAACGCGUACCAUCUCAUGCACAAGAACUGCAACCACUUCUCCUCAGCGCUGUCAGAGAUCCUGUGCGGCCGCGAGAUCCCGCGGUGGGUCAACCGCCUGGCCUACUUCAGCUCGUGCGUGCCCUUCCUGCAGAGCUGCCUGCCCAAAGAGUGGCUCACCCCGGCCGCCUUGCAGUCCAGCGUCAGCCAGGAGCUUCACGCCGGAGGGGGGGACCUGGAGGAGGCAGAGGACGCCGCCGCCACCGCCUCCCUGGCGUCCGUGUCGCCUUCCUCCUCCUCGGGCCCCGCCUCCAUGCCGCUGCAGUCCCGCCACCAGCCCCGCCGGUAGAAGCGUGGACACGCACACGUCCAAUACUUGGCUUGAAUUAAGGAAUCAAACAAUCACCAGCCACAUUUUGGAUGAGAUUUGAAUGGUGCUACUCCUCUCACUUCUGACCCGACUGGACCUCCUUUGACUUUUGUACAAGUUGUGUCCCAGGUAUUCCAAGCCAAAUGCCGUCCUGUUUUUUUGUGGCGGGACCGGACCUCAAAAUCAACCUUUUCCACAACCUUAGCAACAGAAACUUCCGUGGGAGAAUACUUUUUACUCCACUCUUUUAUUCUUUUCAGGCUGAAGGAGAGUUGACUUUUUUCUUAGUAGCCAGCGCCGUGGUGCCUUUGAGCACGAUUUAUACUCCCAGUGUGACCUCCAGAGGGCUCCGACUCCUCUCCAGAAGGUCACAUGUUUGUUUGGCCUUGAGUAGAACCCAGGAAAAGUGCGUCCGUUGGUUUUGUUUGUGUUGGUUUUUUUUUUUGUUUUUUUUUAAACGGGCAUGACGACUCCUGGCCGCUGUUUUUGUCACAUUGCUGAACUUUAGCGGGUGAUGAGCGCCCAGUUUGUUCCUCCUUUCAUAGAAAUAUUUUUAUUCUGCUUUGCAAAGCAGGAUAACCCUUUUAAAGUCAUUUUUUUUUCAAAUGAUAUAAUUCUAUUUCUUUAAUGUUGUCUUUGCCUUUGGUUCUGUUUUUGUUGACAAAACUCAGGACCUCCAAAAGUCUUUUCCAGACUUGAUUUGACUGUUUUGUAUCGCAAAAACACACACAAGCUGCGGCACAUUUUAUACGCUUUGAUUAAAAGAAAACAACCGCCUGUCCAAUAUGCUCUACUUUUCUGUAAGUGCACCACAUAAAUUUAAGCUCAUAGGUUCGAUUUAAAGUGAAUUUCUAUUUGUUUAAUGGGGCUCUUUUUGCUUGAAAUAACACAAGAAAAUGACAAAAGACGACAGAAAGUUAUGCUUAGUAAGUUUUAUGCAUUUUUCACACUUUUAUCUAAAGUCUGGAUGCUCCACAUUAAAUGACAAGUUACCAGAAUUGGUUGGAAUGGUGCAAAACAUACUUUAUUCUUAUGUGAACAAUAAAAACAGCAGUGUCAUUUCUAGACCUAAAGUGUACCCAUUCAGCAAAUAAGAUGUGUUCACUCAUUUAAUUUAUCCAGAAAUAAUGAAAUAUGAAUUACUUUGGGCUUAACUGUAUAUCAUUCAUAUUUUUGAUGGUCUUAACAUGAUUAUUUAAAAAAUAUAACUACUUGUGAGGUCUGAUUUCAUGUUUAAAAGUUAUUUUUUUGAAAAAAGCUAUUCAUCACAUCAUUUGGAAUGAGCUUGUUUUCAUAUGAGUUGGAUUCAUUUCUACAGAUACGCAGCUGCGCCCUCUGCUGGCAGCGACUUGCACUAUAGCAGAUGCUGAUGUGUUUUAUUAUGCCCUUCUUUGGCUUCACUUCCUAUUUUUUUUUUUCCUUUUGACUUUUCCCGGGGCCAAAGAAAGCUUAACGGUCAUCUACUCAGCUUCACACGUGAAUGAAUGAAUGUCAUGUUUGUUGUCGUUAUGGUUUUUUUUUAUGUCCAAUGAAACCUCUGUCGUUCACAGCGAGCCUUCAGUAGUGCCGACCAGAUUUAUACCUUGUUAAAGUUAUUAAAAAAUGUGGAAACAAUA